GGAGAAGGGGAGCGGAGAGAGAGAGAGACAGAGGGGGGCUGCAGCCGCUGAACUUCACUUCACAUUGCCUUUCAUCUCUCUCUGCUCUCUGCCAUUCCCAUUUUCGUUUGGACUCUAAAUUCUCUGAAUGUUGCUAUCAGAUGUUAAACCUUGAAAUUUUACAGUGUUUGCCUUCCAUUUCACAUUGUUCAUUUGAGCACAUUCUACUUGGUAGGCACUGAACGAUUGCAAAAAUGAGACAAGGGGUUUCUUUCAGUCUAACCCUUCCACUUACUCUACUUUUGCUUCUCUGUGUAUAUGAGUCCCGUGGCGGUUCAGUUAGGAAUACGGAAGCAAUAGCUCCUGAUAUCUCAUCCAGUGUAAACCCUCAGCCUUUUCUUCCUUUACUAGCCCCUUCACCAUUGACGGCAUUCACAAAUUACAGCAUCCCGAAAUUAUCAGGACUUUGUACAUUAAAUUUUUCAGCGGCUGGAAAUAUGAUGAGUGUAACGGCAACUGACUGCUGGGCUUCCUUUGCACCCUUGUUGGCGGAUGUGGUUUGUUGUCCUCAAUUUGAUGCCACCUUAGCGACUCUUAUAGGGCAAUCCAGUAAAUACUCUAGGAUGCUCGCUUUGAAUGUGACCCAUGCAAAGCACUGCCUCUCAGAUGUUGAGAAGAUCCUAGAGGGUCAAGGAGCAAAUGAGAAUAUUCAAAAGAUAUGCUCAAUUGAACCAGAAACCCUCACUGGAGCUUCUUGUCCUGUUAUAGAGGUUGAUACAUUUGAAAGCACUGUGGAUUCUUCAAAACUACUUGGCGCUUGCAGAAAAAUUGAUCUUGUCAAUGAGUGUUGUGACCAAGUUUGCCAGAGUGCCAUAUUAGAUGCUGCUAGAACAAUUGCCGCGAUUGGUAUGCCAAAUUCAAAAGGGGUCAAUAUAUUGCCUGAACACUCAACUAGGAUUGAUGAUUGUAAGAAUAUUGUCCUGCGAUGGCUGGCCAGUAACCUUGAUCCUUCUUCUGCGAAUAAGGUUCUUAGAGGACUUUCAAAUUGCAAAGUAAAUAAAGUUUGUCCUCUGGUUUUCCCCAACAUGACAAAUGUUGUGAAAGAAUGUGCAAAUGGGAUAAGUAAUCAGACAGCAUGCUGCAAAGCAAUGGAUAGUUAUGUUUCUCAGUUGCAACAACAGAGUUUCAUUACAAACUUGCAGGCCUUGAAUUGUGCAGCAUCACUUGGAGUGAAGUUGCAGAAAGCUAAUGUAUCCAACAAUGUUUAUAAUCUUUGUCAUAUAAAUCUAAAAGACUUCUCUCUUCAAGUUGGAUCACAAGAAUAUGGCUGCCUUCUGCCAAGCUUGCCUUCAGAUGCAACUUAUGAUAUAACUUUGGGAAUCAGCUUCAUUUGUGAUCUUAAUGACAACAUUGCGGCUCCAUGGCCCUCUUCCUCUUCUGAACAUCCAUCAUCUUGCAAGAAAACAACCAAACUUCCAGCAGUACCCAAAGCAACAUCUGCACAAAGUGGUCUUAUCAAUGAGGAUUUGAUCUUCCUUUCGAUCUUUUCUUCCUUACUGGUUCUGAAGAUGCUCCUUUGAAGUUGGCAGCAAAGAGGUUGAUACGUUUGAGAGCACUGUGGAUUAUUCAAAACUACUUGGCGCUUGCAGAAAAGUUGAUCCUGUCAAUGAGUGUUGUGACCAAGUUUGCCAGAAUGCCAUUUUAGAUGCUGCUUGAACAAUUGCCCCAAUUGGUAUGCCGAAUUCGAAAGGCGUCAAUCUAUUGCCUGAACACUCAGCUAGGAUUGAUGAUUGUAAAAAUAUUGUCCUGCGAUGGCUGGCCAGCAAGCUUGAUCUUUCUUCUGCGAAUAAGUUUCUUAGAGGACUUUCAAAUUGCAAAGUAAACAAAGGUGAGCAAAAAAUAGGAAAAGGAAAGAAGAAUAAGUCUCUUGUACGUCGUUGAGUAUUCAAAAGAAUAUGAUAACCACUAUGAAAUGCUUGCUUACAUCCAGUAGACAUGUCAUUCCAUUGUUAGGUUAAGGACCGAUUUAUCCUGAAUUAUCAACCCCAUGUUGACUUAUAGAUCUUCAAUGUUGUUUUCUCAUAUAUAUGGUUCAGGUCAGUGUCCUGUGGUUUU